CAUGCAGAGGCACAAUAAUGAAAAGUAUCCACGCACUCUAUGAAACAGAAAAGGGGAAAAAAGAGGCGGCUUUAGCUCAAGCGGAAUAUGUCGCCCUGACAGGAGACCACUGGACGUCAGUGAGUAACACAAAUUACUUGGGAGUAACUGCACAUUUAAUAACUAAAGCAUGGGAAUUGCAGUCCUUUGCGCUAACUAUAAUGAAAACGGAAGAACGCCACUUUGCAGAGGCAUGUGCAGAACAGUUUCAAACUGUGGCAUGCAAGUGGGAAAUUGAAAGAAAAGUUACAACCAUUGGGACUGACAGUGCACGCAAUAUGAUUGCUGCGGCUCGUAUUCUACCAUACGAGCAUAUGCCCUGUAUCGCGCACGUCAUACAGAGAAGCAUCACUGUGAGUCUCGCUGACAGCGGAUUUGUUCCUGCAUUAGCCAAGUGUCGCAAGAUUGUGGGACAUUUUAAACACAGCCCGGCAAACUUAACGGAGCUGAAUGCAGAGCAGGUGAAACUCGGACAGCAGCAGGAGCCACUGAUCCAAGACGUUCCAACGCGGUGGAAUUCCACACUUGAAAUGGUCAAACGCAUCAUCCCCAAUCAAGCAGCAAUAAAAGCAACCCUGGAUCAACAGCAGCAUAAUCUCGUCAUGCUGACGCCAGCAGAAUGGGAUAAACUCCAGAGACUGGAGACCCUUCUAGAGCCCUGCCGGUAUGUGACUCAGAUCCUGGGUGGGGAGGCCUACGUCUCCUGCUCAGUGGUACUACCUGCCCUCUGCCACUUACACCGUGUAAUGGAAACUUCUGAUGAGGACCCUGCAUACAUGAUUAGAUUUAAGACCAAAUUCAAAGACGACCUAGGCUCCCGCCAAGAACACACCAACAAUGCAUGGCUCAAGAUUGCAACCGCACUGGACCCACGUUUUAAGGACUUGAAAAGUGUGCCCAAGGCAGACAGAGAGGAGGUGUGGACCAAACUUGGAGGCCUUCUGCGUGAAUCACCUGGAAGACCUUCACACACUACUGAAGAUGGGCCACCCAAGAAGAAAAUGAACCUUCUUCUACAGCUGGGCUCAGAUUCAGAAUCAGAUGAAGAGGUACAGCCUGACAGAGCCUUACACAGGUACAGAGCAGAGCCCACCAUUGAAAUGACGGACUGUCCCUUGCAGUGGUGGUCAUCUCAUGCAGGAGCCCAUGACAAGCUGGCUCCGUUGGCUCGGAAAUAUCUAGCCACUCCUGCAUCCUCAGUUCCCUGUGAAAGACUCUUCUCACUUGCCGGUCACAUUGUGCAAAAGAAGCGGUCAGCUUUACUCUCAGAAAAUGUGGACAAAUUGGUUUGCCUCAGUAACUGGCUAAAGGAUGAAUAGAGAAGCGGGCCACAUGUAAUUGUGUAGGCCAUGUUCUUUUGGUUUGAUAAAAAAGAGAAAUCUCUUUGUUUUUCCUUUGUUGAAGAGAAAUGGCCAAGAUGGCUAGUGUGUUACAGAAGGAGACACCAUCCUAUUUUGUUUUACUAUUUCAGUUUCAUUUAAA